CAGGCCUACAGACUUUUUGCCAGGAGUAGGAAGAGUAGGAAUAAAGACAUGCACGUUACAAGAUAAUUUUAUUUCGUUUUUUCUAUAUUCAUUUUUUUUUCUUUUGCUCGUUCGACGCAAAUAAAGCGGAGACGGAGAGCAGAAAUAGCUCUGAUACGGAUACGUCGAUGUUUAGUGCGUCCGGUUGAAUAACCUAAAAAGAAAUAAAACUGCAGAUUUGUGCGGAUAUAUAGUGAUAAAUAUAAAUGUACUAUUUUUAAUAUUAUAAUUAUUUAAUAUUAUAAUGAAAAGAGGCCCUUACAAAAAGUAUCUAAAAAUUAAUAAUAUCCCAAUUCCAGGGAGAACAGUGCACCGUCAUCUAAUCGAGAAUGUCGAUGGAAAUAGAGAAGGUCGACAGAUUCAUAAUGUCAGGGCAGAAAAUGAUAGUAAUAGCGAUAAUUCGGCAAUAAUAGAACGUCAAAAGUCAUAUAAACAAUACCUGAGAGCUAACAACAUUGCAAUUCCAAAAAGAACGGAACAUCGACGUCAUCUAAGAGAAAAUAUUGAAGCAAACGAAGAGAAUCGUAACAAUAGAAUUAGAAAUGUCCAAGUGGAAGGUAUGAAUGAUGUAGAUAAUGAUAGACCAAUAUUGGUUGAUAACAAUGAUGAUGUAAUACGUUUUAAUAUAAAUCAACAGAAUAUUGAACAAAAUACAAUCAAUAAUACUGAUGAUAAUGGAACAACUGAUAGCGAUUGGAGCAAUAUACAUCAUAAUAAGAGUGAUUUAAUAGAUGAUGAUGAGAGUGAAAUUUUUCACGACGCUAUCGAAAAAAAUUUAGAGCAGGUAUUUAUUCCGCAGGUAUUUAUGGAAAUUUAUGGGAAAUAUUGUGGAACAGGAAUUUUAUGGAAAUAUUUAUAAAAUCUAUAAAAGCAAUAUUUAUACAUAACUAAUAAAAC